GGAACAACUUUCUACACGGAAUUAACUGCAGAUGGAGAAAUUAAGAAAACAGCAAAAUCAAGUAAUUCUUCAAAUCCCAAAUGGGAUGAGCAGCUGACAGUUGGAGAAGGUGAAAGAACAGUUGAAACUCUCUUUGGAAAACAAGAAUGGCAUGGUGCAAACAGGUGAACUGACAGUUGUGCUAGAUGGUUUGGUUGUUGAACAAGAAUCUCUUACAAAUCUCAGUUCAUCAGCAACCAUAGAAGUUCAGCAAAAUGGCGAGGCUGUACAUGAAAGCAGAGAUGCUUCAGCAAGAAGUUCAUCCAGAUCUGCUUGUGACAUUUCUAAUGGGAUAGACAAUCAAGUACCUUCCAACUCUGUAAUACAGAAUACAUUCUGUGUAGAAGCUGUUAAUGGAGACAGCACACCAUCUCCUAAUCAUGUUGCAGCCAGACCCAAAAAUACACCAGUACCAAAACCACUUGAAGCUCAGCCUGUCAACAGCACUGUUAAUGGUGAGUCACCUGCCUCUGCAUCUGAAGCUGGUAAUUCCUCUGUCUCGGAGGCUCCGACGGGUUCAGUCGAAGCUCCUGUGUCCUCAGCAGAUUGCACUAAUGAUACAGCAGAACCUCAGUCAGCAGAAGAAGCAACUAGUUGUUCUGAAGGCCACCCUUCUGCAUUACCUGUUGUGUCUGCUGGACAAGAACCUGCAGCUGCAACAGACUGUGCUCAGCCUAAUGCUCGAAACAGCAUAGCAGUGGAUGCAGCAAAGCCAAGGGAAUCCUCCUCCACACCAAGUGCAUCUGCAGAACCUGUAAGACAGCAGCCUGCUAGUGCCAGUACAGAGCCUUUGCCACCAGGGUGGGAGCAAAGAAAGGAUCCUCAUGGUAGAACCUAUUAUGUUGAUCACAACACACGAACUACAACAUGGGAAAGACCACAGCCCUUACCUCCUGGCUGGGAAAGAAGAGUUGAUGAUCGUGGGAGAGUUUACUAUGUGGACCACAACACCAGAACAACAACGUGGCAGCGACCAACAAUGGAGUCAGUGAGGAACUUUGAGCAGUGGCAGUCUCAAAGGAAUCAGCUGCAGGGAGCUAUGCAACAAUUCAACCAACGAUACCUCUAUUCGGCUUCGAUGUUGUCAGCAGAAAAUGACCCGCUUGGGCCUUUACCACCAGGCUGGGAAAGGAGAGUGGAUUCAAAUGAUAGGGUGUAUUUUGUAAAUCAUAACACAAAGACAACGCAGUGGGAAGACCCUCGAACUCAAGGUUUACAAAAUGAGGACCCUCUUCCAGAGGGCUGGGAAAUCAGAUAUACCAGAGAAGGUGUCAGAUACUUUGUUGAUCAUAAUACAAGAACCACCACCUUCAAUGAUCCUCGUACUGGGAAAUCUUCUGUAAAUAAAGGGCCACAGAUUGCUUAUGAGCGUAGCUUUAGGUGGAAACUUGCUCAUUUCCGUUACUUGUGUCAGUCCAAUGCACUGCCAAGUCAUGUGAAAAUCAAUGUAUCCAGACAGACUUUGUUUGAGGAUUCCUUCCAGCAAAUUAUGGCAUUAAAACCCUAUGAUUUGAGGAGAAGAUUAUAUGUUAUAUUUAGAGGAGAAGAAGGAUUGGACUAUGGUGGCUUGGCAAGAGAAUGGUUUUUCUUGCUUUCCCAUGAAGUACUGAACCCUAUGUACUGCCUAUUUGAAUAUGCUGGCAAGAGCAACUAUUGCCUGCAGAUAAAUCCAGCAUCAACAAUCAAUCCUGACCAUCUUUCAUAUUUCUGUUUCAUUGGGCGCUUUAUUGCCAUGGCAUUGUUUCAUGGGAAAUUUAUUGACACUGGUUUUUCUCUGCCUUUCUACAAACGAAUGCUGAGCAAAAAGCUUACUAUUAAAGACCUGGAAUCUAUUGAUACUGAAUUUUAUAACUCCCUAAUUUGGAUAAGGGAUAAUAACAUUGAGGAGUGUAACUUGGAAAUGUACUUCUGUGUGGAUAUGGAGCUCUUAGGAAAAGUAACCUCACAUGAACUGAAAUCAGGAGGUUCAAAUAUCUUGGUAACUGAGGAGAACAAAGAAGAAUAUAUUGGGCUAAUGGCAGAGUGGCGAUUUUCUCGGGGAGUUAGAGAACAAACCAAAGCUUUUCUUGAUGGUUUUAAUGAAGUAGUUCCUCUACAAUGGCUACAUUAUUUUGAUGAAAAGGAACUGGAGGUUAUGCUCUGUGGUAUGCAAGAAGUUGAUUUAGCAGACUGGCAGAGGAACACUGUUUAUCGUCAUUACACAAGGAACAGCAAGCAGAUCAUAUGGUUCUGGCAGUUUGUAAAAGAAACAGACAACGAGGUUCGCAUGCGACUUCUGCAGUUUGUCACGGGCACUUGCAGAUUACCACUGGGUGGAUUUGCUGAACUAAUGGGAAGUAAUGGUCCUCAGAAAUUCUGCAUUGAAAAAGUUGGUAAGGAAACCUGGUUACCAAGAAGUCACACUUGUUUUAAUCGUUUGGAUUUGCCACCAUAUAAAAGCUAUGAACAACUAAAAGAGAAGUUGCUCUUUGCCAUUGAAGAAACUGAGGGAUUUGGACAAGAGUAGAAGUGACUUCUAGUCGAAAUGGAUACCUUGCAUAAUAAAAGGCCCAGCCAACUAAAAUUGCACACUUAAUUGUAUAUAAGCUUUUUGUUCUGUACAGUGAUCUUUCUGGAACUCUAAAAGUUUAAUUGUUCUCCGUUCUUCCACAAAUAUAUGCAAAACAGUUCAGCCUUUUCUACUUUUAUUUAUUGCCCUUUCAAAAGACCAGAAAAACCCCUCCAUAAAUUUUGAAAGCAAACAAGAGACUUAUUUAAAAUAUAUAUAUAUAUAUAAAAAUAUAAAUAUAUAUACUAAUGAGCUCUAGUUUUAUAGAGCUUUAAGUGUAUGAAAAGUUGCAGCCAUUUAAAAGGGCCUGGAUUUGCUUUAUCUUGGCUUUAUCAUUCAGAAAAAUGUUUAAACUGCUCAGUGUUCUUUAAAGAAACAUCUCCAAGUUUGUUUUACUGCAUGGCUGUUCUAAAAGGUGUUAAAGGCUUAGGCCAAACGUAUCCUAAAUAUGUAGAAAGAUGCUGCUGGUAUUUGAGACGACAGAAUCUGUUCUUCUGUCAUUUUUUAAAAAUACAUAAAUAGCUGAUAUAUCCCUCUCUACUGAUGUAGCCAAGGUCACGAAUAAAGCCUUUACUACUUGCACAGGAGUCAUGUACAAUGCGAUGAAUGUGAUUUAACGUUGAAAGGAAUUGGUGCCACUGUUCUGACUUACUGCAGGAGCUGAACAGAGUAUCUUAAUUCAUUUGAGCAGCAUUGAAAUUUGUUUACAUAGUACCUUGGGUUAUUACCAUGAGGAUGUUAGGUAAUCUUCAAAGAAAAAAUAAUAAAAGAGAAAAUAUUACCCGUUCUCUUCUUGGUCUGGUGUCUCGCAGGCUUUUUUUUUUUUUUUUUUAAAUUUGGUUUUGUUUUAUUUGGUUUCCCUUUUCAAUCUGUGAUGUCCUUUUUAUAACUUUGUAGAGUUAUAUUAAUGUAAACUGAGCUGUAAGGGUAUAAAAAAGGUAAUGUGAAUUUUGCUGCUUUCUGUGUUCUUGUUCAGUUUCAGAUACUGGAUCUAGUAAACUCAAAUAAAAUUGAAGUUACGCUUUGCACAGAUAAAAACAUUAUUUAGUAUUAAAUAACCUCAUUUCUUUAAUGUUCUUACUGAAAUUUAGAUGUACUUGAAUGAAGUACAGUCUAAAACCUGUCAUCCUUUUAUGUAGGUCAGGUUUGUCCUAAAUGCACAGUAACAUAAAAGCAUUUCAAAAUUAGUUUUAUUGGCAUAUAUUUGCUGAACUGCAAAGACGUGUUUAAAAAAAUACUAAAAUUUAACACCUUAUUCAUGUGAAUUAUAUUAAAUGCUACUUUUAGCAAACUGUGCUUCCUUAUUAUACAGUAAAAACGUGUUUUAAAUCACCAUUUGUAAUAUGCUUUAAAUAUUACCUGUAAAUUCCAUGACAUUUAACUUACGCAGAAUUUUGUAAACACAUGAAAAUGAUUUUAGAAUACAAUUCAACACACUUGUGUUAACAUGUCAUAUUGCACUGUUAAAAGUGUACAUGCAGAAAAAAUUACCUGUAUUUGUUCAUGUAUCUUUCCAAUGCAGCAGCUGAAUUCUGCCAAAAAUUUAUUUUUCUACAUAUUGGAUUGUCUCAAGGCUUUGUAUUCAAUAUGCACAGCUUACACUGGGAGCUGUACCUGUAGAGAGCUCUGGUCACAGCAGUGGUGCAGCGGGCUCAAACAGACUGCUGUCUUAUGUGAACUUUUCUGUAAGAGCUUCAAAAAUUUCCACCACUUUGAGGGUUUUUCUUACACCACCAAGUACCUUCUGCAAAACCAUUUUUAUAUAGCACUAAAUUCAUUUGAAGUGCAAAUCCACUUAAAUUAUCACUAAUGCUGGUUAGAAUGGAGGAAGUUUAAGAAAACAAACCGAGGUCAAAGGCCAGGCACCAGGAGUGUGUGUCACUUGCCUAAAAGACAAGGAGGGUUAAAUGUCACAGUUAAUGAGUUUGCACUAAUGAAUGACUUGGUGACCCACUACCAACUGCUGAAUUUUGUGAAUCUGUGAGUAACUGAACAAAAUAAAAAAGACAGCACAUCA